AUGGCAGAGCCACAGCGAACAUCUGAACCCAUCAACUAUGUGCAUCAGGAUGAAAUCUGGAAAGCGCAUGUAAAGGCUGAGAAACACUCGGCUGAAGUUUGGCCUAACAAGUGGGGCUUCCUGUCUGAAGCCUACAAGGAGUAUGAGGUGGAAAGUGUGAAGCUGAAGAAGGCAGUCAAAGUGGAGCUUCCCCAGCACCUGACUACACGACCUCUGACCCCUCCAGAAAAAUACAUACAUGUUAGCCCCUCACCUCCUGUUCCUCAGACAACUCAGGGCAUGAUUGGUUGGCGUUCAGGUCACUCACAUCUGCAGCUGGAAAAGUACGGCACAGUGCGUCAUGGGAGGCGUAGUUUUUUGAAAGAUUUGGGCUGA